GAUACGGUUCGAUAACGGCCGUUCACACUGCCGAGAGGAAGUGCGUAUCAGUCGAGUUCGGAACCCCACACUGUGCACUCAAGCAACAAUCUACAAUGCGUGUCUUAACUACGCUCCUGAUUGCCUGUCUAGUCGGCGUCCAAUUGACAUGGUCCUGCGAUCCCGAUCAGGCUCACAAUGGCUGCAAGAUAUACGGGGCGUCGUGCACCUGUGGUUUCGGCUGCAGAACUGAGUUCAUCUAUAGAACCAGACGGACCUGUCUUAAUGCUUUAAGAGAACGGAGUUCAAAUGUAUGCAGUCGUUUACCAUGCGUGAGGGGUAUUUGUAUUCAAACGAUGCAAGAUCCAGGCUUCUCUUGUAAAUGUGAAAAUACUGGGUUUUACGGACAGAGGUGUGAGAAAGCGUGUCCUACUGUCCCUAUGCGCGGAAUGGUGUUCCCUCACGAAUGUAUCGUCAUCUAGGGCAAUGGAGAUGACCACCAAACAUAUUUAUUUAGUCACAUAAUAAGCCUAGCUUUAUAUCUAGUAAACAUAACUUAAUACUUAAGUAAGACAAUGUUUUGUCGAACCAUUUUAUUCUGAAAUAAAUCUGAUUUUAUAAACAUA